AUGAGUACAAAUUGUAGGCAAGGGAAAGUCGAGGUUAGUGAUCACUCGCUAUUAUCUGAAUUUAAUCAAGAUGUUUGUCUUCAGCUUAUUAAUGGUCAGAAGGUCGGAAAGGAUUCUCAAGCCCAAAGUCACAGUAUUUUGAGUAAUUAUUUCACUGAAGAAAUAAAUUCGGACGAUCCAUUCGGUUCUGUUUGUGGCUCAAGUCCUAAUGAGUUGCCCAAAUCAUCUAUCAAUACUGACCUAUCAAAGUGCUCUCAGUUGGAUUCUAAACAAGAUGUAACGAGUUUGAACCGUCUAAGGCAACGAGAUGCUUGGUUACCCUCUGAAUCUACUCAAAAAGCAUUAUUGAGCCCGAGUCCCGAAAACAAGUUAGUUGAGGUAAAACCUAUUCUCAUGGGCAAAGAUUACGAGAUUGGCAGUAAUGAUAGCACUUCUGCUUUUGAUCCAUUCCAUUAUUUGUUGGCUCAGUAUACGGGUGAUGAACCAAACGUUAAUGCAGUCCAACGGGUUCCAUCUGUUGAACUGAGGAGUCAAAGUGGUGAUGAUCUCAAAAAAUUAAUUAACAAUGGAUGGUAUACUUGUGCACUGAAUCUUACUUAUCGUAUUCUUUCAGCUGCUGGUUUUAAAAAUGACGAAAGUGAAGCCGUUUUAUCUCCAUAUACUGCUCAGAUUUGGUUGUGUCGACUGGCCUUAUUAGUUCGUACACAAAAUUAUAAAUUGGCUGAACAUGAAUUCGCUACUUUUCAUAACAUGGAAGCACCGAAUUUCUAUUUUGAAUAUUCUCCCCAAAGAUAUCCUGGACGGACAGGUUCUAUCAUUCCAUUUUCUUUAAGACUACUUCAUGCUGAAUUACCAUUUAAUUUAAAUCGUACAAAUGAAGCAUUAGAUCGUCUAUAUUACUUAUUAGCUAUUAUUGGUCGAAUUCAAAGCAAUUUAGAGAAAGGCUUUAGAGAGGAUGGUUCGAUAAGUGAACCAGAUCUUGUUUACCGACAAGCCUCAUUAAAUUUAUGGACUGCUCGUAAAAUUCGGGUACUUUCCAGCUGUUUAUCAAUAUUUCUACAUAAGUUAGAUUAUCAAUCAGCACUAAAUAUAGUACGUCAAUUAACACAUCUAUGCAGUGAUAAUCAGGUUGUGCUUAGAGGAUUCUGUAGUUUACUUGGUCGUGUUCAUUUGCAGUUUGGGGAUUUGCAAACGGCUAAAGCACUUUUCGACAGAUCGUUACCUAGUGCGGAAUUUCCACUGGACUAUAAACUUCAAUUACUGAUUCUACAGAAUUUUCAUAAUGCGUUGUUAUCGAUUGGUAAAGGGGAAUAUGAAGAAGCGAGAACGUUCUUUGAAACUGUUCUACGAUUAGAUCCUACAAAUGUGGCAGCGGCCAAUAAUUUAGCUAUUUGUUCUUUAUAUGUUGGACGACUAUCAGAAUCAAUUAAAGUGUUGGAGAAUCUAACAACAACUGGACUAACUAGUCAACCAAUAAACAAUUCAGACGUUAUUACAACUGCUUCAACAACUACAGGAUUUUCUACACCAUUCACGUUCAAUGCACGAUGUCGUCGAUUUUGUCUACAUGAUGUAAUGAUUUCAAAUUUAGCUGUAUUAUAUGAGGUAGAAUCAGAUCUGGCCACAUUGAAAAAAGUUAACUUACUGAAAAAGUUGAUUGAAAUAUCUGGCGAACCAGUGCACAUAUCAUCAUUUAAAUUAUCUAUGAAGCAAUAA